CGAGCCUCCAGUCGAAGCUCCACGCCGACCGCGAAGAUGCCGUACCGAUCCGAGUCCAUGAUCGUCUUCGCCGCGCGCGAGGCGAAGAAGAUGUGGCCCUUCCUCGCGGGUUUCGCCGUCGUCGGCUUCGGCGUCACGCAGGCCACCUUGGGCAUCACCGAGGCUGAUAAGAAGAAGAGCGCCUUCCUCAACCCCGGCGGUCACCACUAAGCGAUCGAUCGCAGUGGGGGGUUCGGGGCGCCGAACGCUUCCCGGGGGACCGGUCAACGCGAACCGACCGGCGGGGUGGCGUGGACGCCACCGCUCGCGCGCGGACGCGGGCGCGGAGGGUGUUGGGUGCAGCGCAGAUUUAGGGUUUCCUCUCUGGCGCUGAACAGGUGUUGGGCGACGAUCGCGAGGGUGUGGGACCCGGGUCGACGCGUGUUUCACUUUACGCAUUUGUACACAUGUAUCAUCCGGCGGCGGGAGCCGCCAAACCUAGCAUAGCUUUUGCCAAUGAGCGACGCGAGGGCUUCGAC